GAAGUUUUUACAUGUAUAAAUAUUUUCAAUAAUUUAUUGCAUACAUUUAUUUACAAGUAAUUGUUAACGACUGCAAUUAUGGUAAUAUUCGACAAAUUUUGAUACUUCAUUAUAAUAUACUAUAUGUAUGAACCUACUUAUAUUUUUUUUUAUACAAACGACAAGUUUCAAGUUUCAGCAUACUUGGUUGCUUUAUCAAUGUCAAGAUAGACUAAACAUUUUGAAAUUAUAUAACAACAUACAACAUUAGUUUUAAAGUGCUGAAAUAAUUUGAAAAAUUGGAUAUUAAAAAUGGUUACAGUGGAAUUAGAAAAUGGUAGCAUUCAAGAAACGCCUACACCGAAUAAUAAUUGUGUUUCAAAUAAACAAAACGGUCACAAUAUAGAACUCAAGAAAGAAAAUCAGAUUCCUGGUUAUUUGUCAAUUUAUACAUUAUUUCAAUUAAUCGGAAUAUUGCUUAUAUUAUCCGUCUUUGUAUGGCUUCAAUUUUAUCGCACUGGUUUUGGUUUUAGCGGAACAAUAAAAAUAUGCAACUGGCAUCCUUUAUUAAUGACAAUCACAUUUAUUUAUUUAUUCGCAAAUUCUAUCCUUCAUUUCAGAAAUUUUCGAAAUACUACAAAACAAAAAUUAAAAAUGCAGCAUGCAACAAUUCAUAGCUGUAUUAUAAUCUUCGGGGUACUUGGUUUAUGGACUGGUUUAAAUUCAAAUUUAAUUGCUAAUCCACCUAUUCCAAAAUUUUACAGUUUGCAUAGUUGGUUGGGAAUUAUUACUGUUAUAAUGUUUCUUUCUCAGUUUACAAGUGGAUUUAUAUCAUUUCUCUACCCUGAAAUAGCAAUGAAAUAUAAAGAAGCUGUUAUGCCUUAUCACAUUAUAUUUGGUAUAUUGACGUUUGCAUUAUCUAUUGUAACUUCAGUAUUGGGAUUUAGUGAAAAAAUCAUGUUUGCUUUGAACCAACAGCAUGAACAUAUGCCGACGGAAGGACUGUUUUUAAAUUGUGUAGGGAUAGUACUAAUUUUUUAUGGUGCAUUGGUCGUGUAUAUAUUAACCAAACCUGAAUAUAAGAGAUGUUCUAAACCAAAUGACGGAGUGACACAUAAUGGGACUUUAAAUUAAUUUUAAUUUUGUGAUUUUAUAUUUAAUUAAUGUUAAUGAUGAACAUAUACUCACCAAAAAAAAAAGCCUGACAACGACAAUAUGUCACAAAUUACUUAUCGUUUGAUUUUGUUUAUAUAAAUGCAGAUUAGUGGUGUGAUUAUAGCGAUAUGAAAUUGAAUAUCAAUUAUUAAUGUCGCAUUGAAAAUGUUUCCAAACGGAGUUCGACAAAGUCUAUACUUACUGAUAAUUGUUUUAAAAUUGUUUUAACAAUUGUCGUGAGUAGUGUUUAAUUUUUUAAUGCUUAUGGAAAUAUCUGAGAAAAUUGAUUUAUUCAGACGUAAUUUUAAACAUAAUAAAAAAUUACUAAUAACCGUUCAA